AGUAAAAGAACUGCGUUUGCCCGUUGCUCUUAGCCAGGCUUUGUUUUUGUUUAUGUUGCGCUCGUGCUUUACGCGUGCACUCAUUUACAUGCAUUAAAUGCAUACGCUGCAUCAAAUUUUAAAUCGGUGCUAUAACACAUUCCAUUCCCAGUGUGACUUCAUUUUUCUACCAUGGCAACUGAUUGUGAGGCAUGGCUCAAUGCAAACCCUGUUGAGGUUGUCGAUCUUAGCGACUCCUUCCCCUCCGGGGACGAGGAGAGCGCCUUUACUGGAAACGUUGAAACUGAGGUCAAUGGAAACUGGAUAACGGCCCCCACCGGCACCAUUCAUGAGGCGAAACUCAAGGCCAAGGUGAAGAGACGUCUGAGGAAGAACUCCUCCCGGGACUCGGGCAGGGGCGACUCGCUCAGCGAUAACGGAGAAGUGGUACGGUCUGCGGUUCCUCCCACCAGUCCUAAGGGCAAACUGCUGAACAGGAGGUCGAGGAUGGGGAAGGGACGAGGACUGCCAAAGAAAGGAGGAGCAGGUGGUAAAGGUGUUUGGGGAACGCCUGGGGAAGUUUACGACGAAGAUGAGGUUGAUUUCAAAGAUCCCAAUUACGAUGCGGAACAGGAAAAUUGCGUGUACGAGACAGUUGUCCUCCCUCUGGACGAAGAGAUCUUCGAGAAGACGGUCACUCCUAUCGUACAAGAGUACUUUGAGCACGGUGAUGCUAAUGAAGUGGUGGAGUUGCUUGCCGAGCUGAACCUGGGUGGUAUGCGUGGCAAUGUGCCUAUGCUAGCCAUAUCACUUGCACUUGAGGCGAAAGCCAGCCACAGAGAGCUGACGUCACAACUGCUCAGUGAGCUCUGUGGUUGUGUACUGACGGCUGCCGAUGUGGAAGCCUCUUUCCACAAACUGCUCAAAGAGCUACCUGACCUGGUGCUGGACACGCCAGGUGCUCCACAGAUGCUUGGCCAGUUCAUUGCUCGAGCAGUUGCGGACAACAUCCUGCCCAAAAGCUUCAUAGAUGGCUACAAAGGACGAGUAGAUUGUGAAUAUGCCAGAGCUGCUCUGGAUCGGGCAGCCGUGCUGCUGAGAAUGAGCCAAUGGACCGGCCUACGCAUUGACAACCUCUGGGGCUCAGGCGGUGGCCAAAGACCCGUCAAUCAACUCAUCAAAGAGGUUAACCUCUUGCUAAAGGAGUACCUGUUGUCAGGUGAUACAUUGGAGGCAGAACGGUGCCUGAGAGAACUGGAAGUCCCACAUUUCCAUCAUGAGUUUGUUUAUGAGGCACUUAUCAUGGUUCUGGAAUCUAAAGGUGACAGAACACUUCAAAUGAUACUACAGUUGCUGAAGUCUCUCAGUGCCUCCACAGUCAUGACUGUGGAUCAGUUGAGACGGGGAUUUGAGAGGGUCUACCUCGACAUGGCAGAUAUAAGUAUUGACGUGCCAUGUGCCUACUCUCUCCUUGAGCAGUUUGUGGAACAGAGUUUUAAUGCUGGUGUCAUCGAUAAAAAACUCAGAGACCUCUGUCCCUGUCGGGGCCGGAAGAGGUUCAUCAGUGAAGGAGAUGGCGGGCGCCUUAAACUUUAAAGCUACUGAGUUCAGGAGUUUCACAAGCCAUUUCCAUGGCAGCUGCUCCAGUUUUAGCAUUAACUGGAGCUUUAUAUUUCUUUGAGUUGCUUGUAUUUGUCAUGAAGGCUAAAGUACUUAAUUUUCCUCCUGUCAGAACACAAUGGUACCAAAGGGCCAUGCACUUUUAAAUCUGAAGGAGACGUAAUUCCCCCAAUCCUUCUGAUAUGCGACUUCUAUAAACUAAUCCUGAAAGUGCCACACUUAAAAUGACUUCGUCAUUCUGUGUUUUGUAUUCCUGAGUUCACUGCCACUCCUGUUCUCCAGUUAGCAGUGUUUCUAGAGACUUGUACAAAGCUUUAUAAAUGGAAGAGAGCAGGCACAUAAGUUCAGAGCUCUCUCUCCCUUCUAGGCUGCUUUUUUUGUAUACUGUGCUUGAGUUUAUUUUUCCUUUAAUUUUUUUCUUUGACCUUUCAAAGAUUUAAUUUCAGAUGGUCACUGCAAAAGGGCGAAACUGAGCAAUGUAUAGCAGCUGGGAUCAUUUCACAGAACUGUGUCAAGAACAUUUAUUUUUAUAUUUCGGUAGAGUGGUGGGUGUGAAAUGUACCUAAUGUACUUGUGCGUGACAAAUAAAUAAUAAAAAACAAAUAUUGUGUUCACUGAUUAGGAGGAAUUUUGUGAAGGUAUAUGAGCGAACCUCAAAGAAAUUCCCAGGUCAAUUCAGAGUAAUUAUUUUGAUAUGUAAAUAUGAUAGUCGUAUAGAAAUUAAAAUUAUUCUUUUUUUGUUACGUUUUUCUAGUAGUUGUAAUUUUUCAAUAUAUUUAUUUUAAUAUUAAAAGGCUGCAGAAGUUAAAGAAAUGCUUCGGGUUCAAGUUAAGCUCAAUCAACAGCAUUUAUAGCAUAAUGUUGAUUACCACAAAAAAAUUAUUUCAACUUGUCCGUCCUUUUCUUUAAAGUAAAAAUGGAGGUCACAGUGAGGCACUUACUGUGGAAGUGAAAGGGGGCCAAUUUUUGAAUGACCUUUUCAAAAGUAUAGCCACAAGACGUAAACAAAAUGCAUGGAAACAUGCUUUUAAUGUGAUAAAAUCACUUACUAAUCUUAUCUGUGUAAAGUUAUAGCCAAUUUUACAACGUAAUGUCAACAAAUCCUAAACCGUCUGUAAAAAUGACAAUUUAAACAACUUACAGCUCAAAUAAUUCAUGAGUUUUGACAGAAUAAAAUCAUGUGUGCUUUUGUAAAAUUAUAAGCUUCACAUUUCUGUCUUUAAACCCUCCAAAAAUUGGCCCCAUUCACUUUCAUUUUAAGUGUCUAACUGCAACCUCGAUUUGUACUUUCUUUUUCUUUUUUUUUUUGUGGUAAUCAAUACUAUGCUACAAAUGCUGUCGAUUGAGCUUAACUUGUAUUGAACCUAGAAAAUUCCUUUAAUGUGUUAACCAUAUUUAAAUGAUACCAGUUAAUGGUGUUAAAUUUCAGGGCUAUUUAGUGCCAUUUUUAAUAUAAACAUUUACAUUUAAGUCAUUUUAGUUUUGGAGUCAUAAAUGUAAUUCCAGUUUUACCAUUUUUUCCACACAUUUUGUAAUUAUAUUUGCAUUCCAACCUCUAAGGGAAAAAAUUUAAAUUUUACUUUGCAGAUAGAAAAUGAAGUGUAUUACUGGGACAUCAUGACAUUGUUCUCACUACCAUAAUGCAAAAAAAAAAAAAAAAAAUACACAAGUAGUUAUGAAGAGAAAUAUAUUUAACUAUGACAGAAACAGAAUAAAAUGUGCUGACAAAACCAGAAAGAUUAUAAAGCCUGUGCAGAACCACGAAUUCAUGAGCUGCGGAUUUUAAGAAAUGCCUUAUUCACAGUGAUGUCAGAGCAGUUUUACAGUGCUGCACAUAUAUUUACAACAUAUUUGAGAAUCUAUACAUUAAAUCCAUUUAGAGCUGCAACCAUUCUGAAUAUUAGACUUGCCUUUUAAAAAAUAGUGAUGAAAACAUAUCUAACAAACACAUGGUCUCAAACAAAAGCAUAAGUAAGCCCAUGCAGGAAUAUAUAUCUAUCAAAUUAACAAAGAUAAUGAUAGAUUUAAUCUGACAGUUCAUUGUUGCAGUUGACCAUACAUGAAUUAUGACUGACUCUAUCAGUGAUAUGUGCUGAUAUUAGGUUGUAAUGGAAGUGUGCGCUUCAUCUCUUGAUAGUUUACCCU